GGAAACAGCACCCAGAACGAUCUUCCAGAGAGUCUUGGAUAUCUUAAAGAAAUCUACUCACGCUGUUGAGCUGGCCUGCAGGGACCCUUCCCAAGUGGAGCACCUGGCUUCCAGUCUUCAGCUAAUCACAGAAUGUUUCAGAUGUCUUCGGAAUGCUUGUAUAGAGUGCUCUGUGAACCAGAAUUCAAUCAGGAACCUGGAUACAAUUGGCGUUGCCGUUGAUUUGGUUCUUCUCUUUCGUGAACUUCGAGUGGAACAAGACUCUUUGUUGACAGCUUUUCGUUGUGGCCUCCAGUUUUUAGGCAACAUUGCCUCACGGAAUGAAGAUUCCCAAUCCAUUGUUUGGGUCCAUGCUUUCCCAGAACUCUUUAUGUCUUGCUUAAAUCAUCCAGACAAAAAGAUUGUUGCCUACUGUUCAAUGAUUUUGUUCACAUCUCUUAAUCCUGAGAGAAUGAAAGACCUGGAAGAAAACCUCAAUAUUGCGAUUAAUGUCAUAGAAGCUCACCAAAAGCAUCCAGAGUCAGAAUGGCCGUUCUUGAUUAUUACAGACCACUUUCUGAAAAGCCCGGAGUUGGUGGAAGCCAUGUAUUCCAAACUCAGCAACCAGGAAAGGGUUACACUGUUAGACAUUAUGAUAGCCAAGCUAGUGGGUGACGAACAGCUGACAAAGGAUGACAUCUCUAUAUUUUUGCGCCAUGCUGAGUUGAUUGCAAACUCAUUUGUGGAUCAGUGUAGGAAUGUGCUAAAGUUGACUUCAGAGCCUCACACUGAGGAUAAGGAAGCACUGGCUACCAUUCGGCUUCUGGACGUUCUGUGUGAAAUGACAUCCAACACGGAGCUUUUGGGCUACCUGCAGGUUUUUCCUGGCCUGAUGGAACGAGUGAUUGAUGUUUUACGGGUGAUUCAUGUAACUGGAAAAGAUACCUCGAACAUCUUCAGUCCCUCUGAUUCUCUAAAAGCAGAAGGUGACAUCGAACACAUGGCUGAAGGGUUUAAAUCUCAUCUCAUUCGUCUGAUUGGAAAUCUGUGUUACAAGAAUAAAGAAAACCAAGAUAAAGUGAAUGAGCUGGAUGGCAUUCCUCUGAUCCUGGACAGCAGCAACAUCGAUGACAACAACCCCUGUAUCCUUGAAUAUGACCCACAACCAGAUAUCUCACUAACUUUGAGUCUCUACCACUCCUCCCGGGCUGUAGUGACUGAAAUAUCGUCAUGUGUAUAAAGCACCCUGCACAUAGCUCCUUAGCAAGUAAGUGUUCUUGUGCUUAUAGCUUAUUAUGGCUCUUAGUCCCUACAAGAAAGGUAAGUUUUCAUCUGUGAUUGCUCGAGUUGCUGAUACUCCAGGAAUGACAUCCAGAGCAAAAUGGAGAGUGCAGAAAUACUACCACAGGCCCCUAAUUCAGACAGAAAGUCUCAUGCUAAUGGGACUGCAGCAGAGCUAUCUCUUGGGGAGGAGAGGUGGGGGCUGCAGAAUGCCCUAGACCCUUCCCUUUCACCAUUCAGCAGUGUUAAUUCAUGGGGAAUCAUAGCCCUCACUGUGAGCAUUGAAACAGUCAUGGGAGAUAUGAUUGUUAUACUGAGGGAGAUAGAGUUCUUUAAAAUAUACCUAACUGCCCAUUGGAAGCACAAGCUAUAAAUAGACUUGAACAUUAUUUGCCUUCAGUGUAUCUGACUUUGGACUUGAGUAAUAUGACAAGUGUUCUAUAAAACACCUAAGAAAAGAUAAUCAGUUUUCAAAAACAGGCAAAAGUCUUGGCUUACAACUUCACAAAAAAAAAA